GAAACCGGAACAGGCAAGAAAAUUGAUGCAACGAGCAACAGCAAUGCCACCACGAAAAACGCACUAUUUCGAUGAAACGGAGCCAGUUCAGAAUCGUGUAUACAAAUCUUUAAAGUCGAAAUUAAACGGGCAAAUGCUGGAAGACAUUGAAGAAGCAUUUGGUACACUGGAAUCCUGUCAGGCAGUUUAUGAGCGAAUAAUUGAUCUGCGAAUCGCCACCCCACAAAUUAUCAUUAAUUAUGCGAAAUUUUUGGAAGAAAACAAUUAUUUUGAAAAUGCUUUCAAGACCUACGAGAAAGGCAUUGCAUUAUUCAAAUGGCCAAUUGUGAACGAAAUAUGGACGGUGUAUCUAGUGAAGUUCUUAAAUCGUUAUGGUGGCAAGAAAUUGGAGCGUGCCCGUGAUCUCUUCGAACAGUGCCUUGAGAAUUGCCCAUCAAAAUUUGCAAUGAAAUUAUAUCUGUUGUAUGCAAAACUGGAAGAACAGUAUGGUUUGCCGAGGCACGCAAUGAACAUCUACAAUCGUGCCACUGCUGCUGUCGAAAGGCAUGAAAUGUACAGCAUGUUUAAUAUUUACAUCAAGAAAGCAAAAAGUAUGUAUGGAUUGACGCAUUCAAGACCAAUAUACGAGCAUGCUAUUGAAGUGCUUCCGGAGGAUCAGUCCAGAGCAAUGAGCAUUGAAUUUGCUGAAAUGGAAAGGAAACUGGGUGAAAUUGAUCGCGCACGGGCAAUUUAUGCGCAC